AUGAGCUCGAGCCACUGCCGAUUUUAUGAGAACAAGUACCCCGAAGUCGACGAGGUGGUGAUGGUGAACGUCCAGGAGAUCGCCGAGAUGGGGGCGUACGUCAAAUUGUUGGAGUACGACAACAUUGAGGGGAUGGUGUUGUUGUCGGAAUUGCUGAGAAGACGGAUCCGGUCGAUCCAGAAGUUGAUCCGGGUGGGUAAGAACGAAGUCGCCGUCGUGUUGCGUGUCGACAAGGAAAAGGGUUACAUCGAUUUGCUGAAGCGCCGGGUGUCGCAAGAAGACAUCGUCAAGUGCGAUGAGCGCUACAACAAGCUGAAGGCGGUCCACCUGAUCUUGCGCCACUGCGCCGAAAAGUUCGGCUUGCCCCUCGAGGAGUUGUAUCAGACCAUCGGCUGGCCGUUGAACCGCAAGUACGGCCACGCCUACGACGCGUUCAAGUUGCUGAUCACCGAACCCCUGGUGUUCGACGACAUCAAGCCGACUUCGGAAGACGUGCUCAACGAGCUUAAAUUGUACAUUCUGCGUCGUUUGACUCCUCAAGCGAUCAAGGUCAGAGCCGACGUCGAAGUGCUGUGCUUCUCCUACGAAGGGAUCGACGCCAUCAAGCGGGCGUUGAAGGCGGCGGAAGCGGUGUCGACCGAGACGAUGCAGGUGAAGGCGAAGCUCUCGGCGGCGCCUCUUUACGUGAUCUCGGUCCAGGCGUUGGACAAGAACCAAGGGGUGGCGUUGUUGGAGAAGGCUAUCACCGCCGUCACCGAGGAAAUCACCGCCGCUGGUGGUGAAGUGAAGGUGAUCAUGGAACCUAAGGCGGUCACUGCCAACGAAGACGCGCAAUUGCAAGCGUUGUUGGAGCAGAAGGCCGAGGACGACAAGUCCGAUGACGAAUCUGACGACGAAUAA